AUGUUACAAUCUCCAUUCACUUACACUUCUAGAAAGAGAAGACACUCUAAUGUAUCUUCAUACCCCACUGGUACUACCAAUACAGCUACCACUACUUCUACACACUCAACAUUGAAUACAAACUUACCAACACCAACAUCAGCUACAGCUCCAAUAUCAAGUCCCAAACGACAACGGAAAUCUAAAGCUGCCAUGUCGGUGUUACUUAAUAAAUUGUCGCAAAUGCAAUCAAAGAUUGAUCUUUUACAAGAUUGUGGAUUGAAAUGUGAAUUACAACAAUUAAUAGAAGAAAGCGUACAAGAAUUGAAUGAAGAACCUAAAUCAUUAUAUCUGAAUAUGCCUCAAAAAUCAUUUAAUGAGUUUAUAUUAAAUACCCCCAAAUCUUCCACACCAUCAACCUCCUCAUUACCAGGACAAUUGACAUUGAUAAAAUCAUGCCGGGAAGGGGUUUUCCACGAUGAUAAGCUCAUAGAAAACUAUAAUAUCUUUGAGACGCCGAAGGAGAAAAUUAUAACUUAUGACAAGAUAACUACUCCACCAAGAGCUCCAAGACAAGAAUCACUAUUACCUGGUUUAAUUUUCCCAACAUUUGAUAAAGAUGAAAUCGAAUCUGCUGGUUUAGGUUUUUAA